CGUCCAAUGAGAGGCGCUGUGCUGGACUCCACCAGCGCAGACUGCGGGGUCCAUGUUGGUUCUGUCUGCCCUCCCCAACACUCCUCAGGAUGGAAGUCUACCUGGAAAAACGGCACCACGCGCGCACUGAGGUAUGGGGGUAACCGUUCGGAAAGCCCCGCGACCACGAGCGCCCCCCUCCCACACGCAGGCGCGCGCGCGUCUCCAAACUGAGCUCCUCCAGUUUCAAAGGCGCCGACAAAUGAGGUUGAAGACGCACCUGAUGAGCGGCUGAGAAAGAAAGUGGCAUGUGGCGGGAAGAGGACAGCACCUGCACCGAGAUAACCCUACUGUGACGCAAUGUUCACACUCACUGAAGUUGCGUCCCUGAACGACAUCAAGCCCACGUACCGCAUCCUAAAGCCAUGGUGGGACGUCUUCAUGGACUACCUAGGGCUGGUCAUGCUCAUGCUGGCCAUCUUUGGGACAACCAUGCAGAUCUCCAAGGAUCAGGUGUCCUGUCUUCCGUGUCUGGGACAGCCAGAAGAUGCCUCUGGAGGUAAAGCCAACUCCUUUCCCCAGAAGUGCUCUGGGAAGGCUGGGUCAUCGGCACCCAUUGGUGACUCCAUUGCAACUGCUGUCCCACUGGUCAGCAAGGAUCUUCCAGAUGAGGCUGUUAAUGAGAUUCACUCGGUACUACAUACCUCUGCAGAACAAUACCCAAAUCAGCCUCCACCAACAGGUAUCAAGACAAACCUGGACUUUCAACAGUAUGUCUUUAUCAACCAAAUGUGCUACCAUAUUGCCUUGCCUUGGUACUCCAAAUACUUCCCAUACCUCGCACUCAUCCACACCCUCAUUCUCAUGGUCAGUAGCAAUUUCUGGUUUAAAUACCCCAAAACCAGUUCAAAGAUUGAGCACUUUGUUUCCAUCCUGGGCCGCUGUUUUGAGUCACCAUGGACGACCAAGGCCUUGUCUGAAACGGCAUGCGAGGACUCAGAGGAGCACAAGCAGAGGCUGACUGGGGCCUCGUCGACUCCACACCAAAUGUCUUUGGAGGAAAACAACGAAGGGGCCAGUCCCAGCCAGGCCACCCCCAUGCUCGGGGUCAAGAUUUCGGCAGACAAGCCUGUUGCAGAAGUGCCGAGCAGCAUGACAAUCCUGGACAAGAAGGAUGGGGAGCAGGCCAAAGCUCUUUUUGAGAAGGUGAGAAAAUUCAGAGCCCACGUGGAGGAUAGCGACUUCAUCUACAAGCUCUACGUUGCUCAGACUGCUGUCAAAACGGUCAAGUUUAUCUUGAUAUUGUCGUACACUUCGACCUUUUUGGCUGAAAUCAAGUUUUACCAUGUUUGUGAACCCGACAUCAAACAGCUGACGGGGUACAAGACUUUCUUCUGUACCCACAACAUGGCUUACAUGCUGCGGAAGCUGCUCCUCACCUACGUGGCUCUGAUUCUCAUCUAUGGAAUGACCUGCCUCUACUCUCUGUACUGGGUGUUCCGACGGCCUCUGAAGGAAUACUCCUUUGAGAAAGUCCGGGAGGAGAGCAGCUUCAGCGACAUUCCUGAUGUCAAAAAUGACUUUGCAUUUCUCCUGCACAUGGUGGAUCAGUACGAUCAGCUUCAUUCCAAGCGUUUUGGUGUCUUCUUGUCAGAGGUCAGUGAAAACAAGCUGAGGGAGAUCAGCCUCAACCACGAGUGGACCUUUGAAAAGCUGAGGCAGCUGGUCUUUCGUAACGCACAGGACCAGCAGGAGUUGCAUCUCUUCAUGCUCUCUGGUCUCCCAAAUGCAGUCUUUGACCUGACUGACCUGGAGGUGCUGAAACUUGAGCUGAUUCCAGAGGUCAGGUUCUCGCCAAAGGUGUCCCAGAUGACCACCCUGCGGGAGCUUCAUCUCUGCCACUGUCCCGCCAAGGUGGAUCAGACAGCUUUCGCUUUCCUUCGAGAUCAUCUGCGCUGCCUUCACGUAAAGUUCACCGACGUUGCUGAGAUCCCUCCGUGGGUGUAUUUGCUAAGGAGUCUGAGGGAGCUUAACCUAACUGGAAACUUGAACUCCGAGAACAACAAAAUGAUCGGACUAGAGUCCAUGCGAGAUUUGAGGCAUUUAAAUACAUUGUGCCUAAAGAGCAACCUUACAAAAAUGCCCACAAACAUCACAGAUCUUUCCCCACACUUGAUCCGUUUACUGGUCCACAAUGACGGAUCCAAACUGCUGGUGCUGAACAGUUUAAAGAAGAUGUCCAGCUUGAUCGAGCUGGAGCUGUACAACUGCGAGCUGGAGCGAAUCCCCCACGCCGUGUUCAGUUUAACCAACCUGCAGGAGCUCGACCUGAAGUCCAACAACAUCAGAACCAUAGAGGAAAUCAUUAGUUUCCAGCACCUGAAGAGGCUGACGUGCCUGAAGCUGUGGCACAAUAAAAUCAUCAGUAUCCCAGCAUCCAUUGGCCAGAUCAGAUCCCUGGAGUCUCUGCACCUCUGUCACAACAAGCUGGAGGCCUUGCCCCCGGCCCUGUUCACCCUGCCGAAACUGCGACACUUGGAUGUAAGCCACAACUCCAUCACAGUCCUUCCUCCAGACGUGGGACUGCUUCCCAACCUCCAGCACCUGGCCAUCAACUCCAACAAGCUGGAGGUGCUGCCCAAGCCUCUGUUCAGGUGCACCAAGCUGAAGGUGCUGUGUCUGGGAAACAACGGGCUGACCACCAUCCCCGAGACGGUGGGCCAGCUGGUCCAGCUCACUCAGCUGGAGCUGCGGGGCAACUGUCUGGAGAGACUCCCCGCCCAGCUGGGAAGCUGCCGCCUGUUGCACAAAAACGGCCUCAUUGUGGAGGACCACCUGUUUGACACUCUGCCUGUGGAGGUGAAGGAGACCAUUAGCCGAGAGACCAACGUGUCCUUCACCAGUGGCUUGUAGUCCAGAAUGUAACCUGAUGACGAACCAAACCAGAACUCUGUUUUUAAAACAAAAAAAAAAAACAAAGCAUUGUAUUGAUUCUUUUAAUGGAUUUUUAGAAGAACUUACUAACUAUUAUGGCUGAAUAGAUUGAAAUGGCUUUUUCUAAAUGCAUAAUCACUCAGCUCUGUGCUUUUGUACUGCUUUGUAAAGUCCAAACGGAGCUUUCUCUGCUUGUUUCCUUCACUUCAGUAGUUUGUGCCGCUGACGGUGUAUUAGACUCCUUGUCCUCUUAGUGCUCAGGUAUAAAUGAAACCACAAAUAAUGUUUGCCUUAACUGCUGCUACUUUUGUUUUAAAGGACUUUUACUACCAAAGCGCCAAAAAUGAAUGAAACCUUUUCUUUUUCAUGCAGUCUCAUAGAGACAGAUUCAAUGUAAAGUUUAGUUUUUGUUUCAUCUCCAAAGGAAAAAAAAGAUGUAGAAGUUUGUCUGCAACGGCCUGUACCAUGUCAUUUUAUGUGUAAGAAUCUAAAGACUGAAUAAAUCUUCUUUUCUGAUGACCUAUGCAGCGAGCAGCCCGCUUCCCAAAGGAUCUCAGUAGGUUAGGUGAUGUGCUUUAAUAUAUUGCAUGCGUCUGAAUCUGAUGAUGAUUUUAGAGCAAAGUAGAACCUGCCUCGGUUCUUUGAGUGUUCUCAGAGCGUCUGUACCACCUCUGUGCUAAAGGGUCACAGAUUUAUGGGACAAUAAAACAAGAUUCCAGA